CCUGGAAUGGACAACGAAAACGGCAUCGAUCAUAUGGCUCAAAGCCAACAUCUGAAGCUGAAGGGACAGAUGAUGUUGAUGGGCACAGGUCGUCAUGUAAUGUACUUGUGCUCGCCAUAUGUCACAUCCAUACCUGAGCUGUUGCAAUAUGGACUGCGACUUAAUGCAAUGCCUCUCCACGAUGCUACGAGAGAUUUGAUCCUACUUAAUCAGCAGCGCUUGAGCGAUGUUGAGAUGAACCUUCAGCUAGAAGCAAACAACGAGCAGUUAGAAAUCAUGGCUAGAGAUUUAGAAGUUGAAAAGGGUAAGACUGAUGCACUUCUCAGCGAGAUGCUGCCAGCAUCAGUAGCUCAUCAGCUAAAAAGCGGAUUAACUGUCGAUGCUCGUGAGUACGAAUCAGCCACUGUGAUGUUCUCUGAUGUUCCAUGCUUUCAACAAAUUGUACCACUCUGUCAACCAAAAGAUGUUGUUUAUCUGCUGAACAACCUAUUCACACGUUUUGACCGCUUAGUAGUUCUCCAGAAGGCCUACAAAGUUGAGACUGUGGGUGACAGUUACAUGUCCGUUGGUGGAAUUCCUGACGUAGUUGAUGAUCACUGCGAAGUCAUCUGUCAUUUGGCACUUGGUCAGUGGUCUCAGAUUAGAUGGUUGGACAAAAAUCUUUGA